GUGUUUAAUUUAGUUAAUUGAUUAAUGAUUGAUUUGGUUAAAUGAAAGCUGAUUUUAUAUUUACAAUUGAUCUUCAAUUGUAACAUCAUUUAGUAUCGAAAUGUUAAUUUUAUAAAUUAUUGUCGAUUAUCAGAAAAAUCAAAGCAAAAGUUUCAGACACUACCGACACUCGCCUGUUCUGUCAUUUGACGAAGUUGGAGACUAAAGAAAAAGACUAAAAUUUUUAAUCGUUGUUAAGAUAUCAUAUAAUAACAAAAUGCCUAGUGAUCUAUUAGAAGAUACUAUUAAUAUGGAAUUAGAAGCUAAGGAGACAUUGCCUGAUGUGAUACCUUUGUAUCAACCAUUCACGGUUGAGCAGAUGCUAUUACCUGAUAAUGCAAAUUGUUUGGCUGUAGAAGUAUUUCUUAAAAUGUGUGACUUUACAGUUGAAAUAAUAUCAAAACACAAUGCCGAGUACAUGUCUCCCACUGGACGUGUACCAUUCAUUAAAUGUGGAUCGCUUGUACAAUCUGAAUUCGAUAGAAUUGUAUCCUUCAUAGAAAGUAAAGGUAAAAGUUUAUCAAACGACCUCUCUGCAUCUUCUAAGGCAGAUAUGAGAGCUUACAUGUCUCUGGUAAAUAAUGUACUUGUGAAUGCGGAAUUGUACAUUUGUUGGGUUCACGAAGACACGUUCAACAAAGUCACCAAAGAAAGGCAUGGAAGUGUAUACCCAUGGCCUUUAAAUCACUUUUUAAACUGGCAAAAGAGAAAUGAAGUUAUAAAGAAACUCAAUGUACUUAGCUGGUAUAGUAAGAGUAUACAGGAAGUGUGCACUGAAGUUGAAAAUUGCUGUAAAGCUUUAUCUGAGAGAUUGGAUGAUAAAGAAUACUUUUCUGGAGGCAAGCCCACAGAAGUAGAUGCACUGGUAUUUGGUCAUAUCCAUGCUCUACUUACAGUCCACUCUAGUCCUUGUGUACAAAAUAUUGCUACAAUUAUAAAACGAUUUCCCAAGCUUAUUAAUCAUGCAAAGAGAAUAGAAGAUAAUUAUUUCGAAGAAGCUUUUAAUGAAAUCACUGAAGACUUUGAAAUUAUUAGUACCCCAUCCAAAGAUACUUUCUGGAAUUCUGAAUCCCUUGAAUCUCUGCCACCACUUUCAGAAGACUCUUUUGAACUUUGAUUUUUCCAAAGAUUGAUUUGUUAGUUUGUUACUACAUUUAUAAUUUUUAUUAUAACACAUAAAAUAUAUAUAUGUAUAUUUAUACCUA